UGUAUUUGUAAGGCUUCGAAUAGGCCACCACACAUUUGCGUUUUAUCUUCUCUUCAGUCUUCACCUUUUUCUUUCCAUCUUCUCUCUCUUGCUUUUCCCUUUUUCCUUUCCUGAUUCUUCUUCUAUCUCUGCAAAUCUUUCGUUUUCUUCUUCUUUUUUUUUUUUUUAUUCAUUUUUUCUUGAUACUCUGCUUCUACUCUUUCCAAGCUUAGUACAGUUCUCGCUUUCAACCAUGCAGCCAACCAGAUAUUAUAAUACUUUUUCACAGAACUAGUCCUCAUUUAUUUUUUCAACAUCUCGCCUCUGUGAUUUUGUUCUUUCUCCAUUUCUUUCUUUUUUUUUCUUUUUUGUUUUUCUGCUCCUUCUUAAACCUGUAGAGUAAUAAACUUUUAGAGAGAGAGGGAUAGAGAACGAAGAGCUAAGCUUUAAAGGGUUUUGCUUGCCUUCUUUCUCUUUCUUUCUCUCCAAAAAAAAAAAGGGUUUCUGCUGAGAGGAAGUUGGAGACAUUUGGACAUUUUCCUUCUGUCUCCUCUACCUCUCUACCUUUCUUUUCCUUUUUCUUUUCUUUCGCGUUUUCUAUAUUGUCUUCUCAAAUACUGUUUCUCGAGUUUUAGACUAUUAUUUCUUGAUUUAAGAUUUUGGGUUGGCUUCUUCGGGUGCUAAUUUCAUGGGUCUGAUUGAGAAAUGGAGCAAAUCUUUUGACAAUUGCCGUGUGAGAUAAGUGCUUGUAAAUUUGUAGAGAAUAGGAAGCAAAUCUAGAGGGGAUACUGGAACCCAAUAGGGGAAAAAACAGGCUUUAAUCAAGUUCAUGAGCUUUGGGGGUUUCCUUGAAAACGGUAGUCCUGGUGCUGGAGGUGCAAGAAUCGUGGCAGAUAUACCAUACACCAGCAGCAACAUGCCCGCUGGUGCAAUAGCUCAGCCACGCCUCAUCUCCCCUUCUCUCACCAAAUCCAUGUUCAACUCCCCUGGACUAUCUCUCGCUCUUCAACCCAAUAUAGAUGGUCAAGGUGACGUUGCUAGAAUGGCCGAAAACUUCGAACCAAGCGGUGGUAGGAGAAGCAGAGAAGAGGAACAUGAAAGCAGAUCUGGGAGUGAUAAUAUGGAUGGAGCUUCAGGUGAUGAUCAAGACGCAGCUGACAAUCCUCCAAGGAAGAAGAGAUAUCACCGACACACUCCACAGCAAAUUCAAGAACUGGAAGCUCUGUUCAAAGAGUGUCCUCACCCUGACGAGAAGCAAAGAUUGGAGCUUAGCAAAAGGCUUUGCUUGGAGACCAGGCAAGUCAAGUUCUGGUUUCAAAAUCGCCGAACUCAAAUGAAGACCCAAUUGGAACGCCACGAGAACUCAUUACUCAGGCAAGAGAACGACAAACUUCGGGCAGAGAACAUGUCCCUCAGGGAUGCUAUGAGAAACCCAAUUUGUUCCAACUGUGGUGGUCCUGCAAUUAUUGGUGAUAUUUCGCUUGAAGAGCAGCAUUUGAGGAUUGAGAAUGCCCGGUUAAAAGAUGAGCUAGAUCGUGUUUGUGCCCUUGCUGGCAAGUUCUUGGGUCGCCCCAUUUCUUCAUUGGCUAGUUCUAUUGGCCCUCCGAUGCCAAAUUCAAGCUUGGAGCUUGGUGUUGGUACCAAUGGUUUUGGUGGUUUAAGCACUGUGCCUACAACAUUGCCUUUGGGGCCUGAUUUUGGAGGUGGGAUUUCAGGUGCUUUGCCUGUAGUGAACCAAACUAGACCACCAACAGCUGGCGUCACGGGCGUUGAUCGAUCAUUUGAGAGAUCUAUGUUCCUGGAGCUGGCGUUGUCUGCCAUGGAUGAGUUGGUUAAGAUGGCGCAGACUGAUGAGCCUCUUUGGAUAAGGAGCUUAGAGGGUGGUAGGGAAAUACUGAACCAUGAGGAGUAUAUGAGAAUUUUUACUCCUUGCAUUGGGAUGAAACCUAGUGGAUUUGUUUCUGAGGCUUCCAGGGAGACUGGCAUGGUAAUCAUCAACAGUUUGGCACUUGUAGAGACUUUGAUGGACUCGAAUCGAUGGGCAGAAAUGUUUCCUUGUAUGAUUGCUAGGACAUCUACCACUGAUGUGAUAUCCAGUGGAAUGGGAGGAACUAGAAAUGGCUCACUUCAGUUGAUGCAUGCUGAGCUCCAAGUGCUAUCUCCUUUGGUCCCCGUUCGUGAGGUCAAUUUCCUCCGUUUUUGCAAGCAGCACGCCGAGGGUGUGUGGGCUGUUGUUGAUGUGUCCAUUGACACCAUCCGGGAAACUUCCGGUGCACCAACAUUCGUCAACUGCAGGAUGCUUCCUUCUGGUUGUGUCGUUCAAGAUAUGCCUAAUGGGUACUCCAAGGUUACAUGGGUUGAGCACGCAGAAUAUGAUGAGACUCAAAUCCACCGGCUAUACCGUCCUUUAAUAAGUUCUGGUAUGGGCUUUGGCGCCCAGCGGUGGGUAGCCACCCUUCAACGCCAAUGCGAGUGUCUGGCCAUUCUCAUGUCCUCCGCUGUACCCACCAGAGAUCACACAGCUAUUACCGCAAGUGGCAGACGGAGCAUGCUGAAACUGGCUCAGAGAAUGACCGAUAACUUCUGUGCUGGGGUGUGUGCAUCGACAGUCCACAAAUGGAACAAGCUCAAUGCAGGAAAUGUGGAUGAAGAUGUUAGGGUUAUGACCAGAAAGAGCGUGGAUGAUCCCGGCGAGCCACCGGGCAUAGUAUUAAGCGCUGCUACUUCAGUUUGGCUACCUGUUUCUCCGCAUAGACUCUUUGAUUUUCUGCGCGAUGAACGGCUGAGGAGCGAGUGGGACAUCUUAUCAAAUGGUGGGCCCAUGCAGGAGAUGGCCCACAUUGCGAAGGGCCAGGAUCACGGCAACUGCGUCUCCCUCCUACGUGCCAGUGCCAUGAACGCGAACCAGAGCAGCAUGCUGAUCCUGCAGGAGACAUGCAUAGACGCCGCGGGGUCGCUUGUAGUAUACGCUCCAGUUGACAUUCCAGCCAUGCACGUGGUGAUGAACGGUGGAGAUUCUGCUUACGUAGCGCUCCUUCCAUCGGGAUUCGCUAUUGUCCCUGACGGUCCUGGCUCGCGUGGGUCACUUGCUAACCCUAAUGGCCCAACUAGUAAUAACGGUGGUGGCGCUGCCGGCCAACACAGAGUGAGUGGGUCCCUUCUGACGGUGGCAUUCCAAAUCUUGGUGAAUAGCCUCCCAACGGCUAAGCUCACUGUAGAAUCGGUGGAGACAGUGAACAAUCUCAUCUCUUGCACUGUCCAGAAGAUCAAAGCAGCGCUUCAGUGUGAAAGCUGAUUGAUGAUCAUGAUUCAUCAACACUAUUAAAUCUCUCAAUUUUUAUCUCUUAAUUGUGUGAUUGGUGGCGGGUGGCGGUGGUCAAGUGUGUGAAGAAAAGAGAUUUUGGUGAGUGAGUGAGACUAGAAAGUGUGUUUGUGGGUGUUGAGUCAAGAACGAACCGCGCGUGGAGACUCCUUGCAUGGUGUUAAAAAAUGGGUCGGAAUGUGUCGGUGACUCGGCUGCAUGCAGAGCACAAAGCCGCAAGGGUGGUGGUUCGGGUAUUGACUCAGGUCGACCCCUGAAUAUUGGCUCGAUUACUUAAAAAAACAGGGGACUUUCUAUUAAUCCAAUCCCUUUUCUUUCUUUUUAUUGGAUUGACUGAUGAUAAUCUUUCUUUCCCUGGACUGGAAAAAAAAGUCUCUUGUUGUUGGUGCUGUUAACUUAUUAUGUCAGGGUUUUUGUAUUAA